GUUACUUUUUCUGACAGAGGACACACAGGUUGGAGGUUCCAUGUGUUGUGAGCACCCUGUUAGCAGUCUCUCACUGUGUCCAGUGAAGCCCAGAUUGAUUGGCCCUGACUGGACCCUGGCAUUUCAGUGCAGUGCUGCCAAGCAAAGAGGCCUUGCUGGUGGAUGUAAGUCAGAGGCUCCAACACCUGCUGUGAUUUCGCUUCAUUUUCUGGCCUGAAAAGAAAUUGAGAGAAAGGGGAAAGAAUGGCAGUUUCUCAGGACUCACUAACCUGUGAAGAUGUAACUGUGAACUUCAGUCAGGAGGAGUGGACACUACUAAAUCCUUCCCAGAAGAAGCUCUACAAAGAUGUGAUGUUGGAAAUAUUCCAUAACCUUGUCUCAAUAGGAAAAUUGCAGGAGAAUCUUUUUAUUGAACAACAGCAAGACCAUGAAAGGAAUAAACAAAGAAAUAUAGAAAAGACGUUAUCUGAGAAGGCUGAAAGUUUAUAUAGACAGAAACCUCAUGAAUAUGAAGUAUGCCAUAAGAAAUUCACUUCCAGUUAUCUUUCAUGUGAAAGAACUCAAAUCAAUGGGAAAUCCUCUAACUGUAAACUGUGUAGUAAGGAGUCCAUCCAAUCCAGUAAACUUUGGGCACAUGAGAGAUCUCAAAAUGGAGAUAAUUUUUAUGAAUAUAAACAAUUUAGUAAAACAUCCCAUCAAUCUAGUUCUCUACAUAUACAUGAAAGAACUGACAGUGGAAAGACUCCUUAUGACUGUAAACAAUGCAGCAAAGCCUUUAGUUAUUUCUCUACCCUUCAGAGGCAUGAAAGAAGUCACAGUGGAGAGAAGCCCUAUGAAUGUAAACAAUGUAAUAAAGCAUUCCGGCAAUACAGUCAUCUUCAGACUCAUGAAAGAACCCACAGUGAAGAGAAACCCUAUGGAUGUAAACAAUGUAGUAAAGCAUUCAAGCAGUACAGUAAUCUUCAUAGACAUGAAAGAAUCCACAGUGGAGAGAAACCUUAUGAAUGUAAACAAUGUGGGAAGGCAUUUAGUUAUUUCUCUGGUCUUCAGAGGCAUGAAAUAAGUCACAGUGGAGAGAAACCCUAUGAAUGUAAACAAUGUAAUAAAGCAUACAGGCACUACAGUCAUCUUCAGCGCCAUGAAGGAACUCACAGUGGAGAGAAACCUUAUGAGUGUAAACAAUGCAACAAAGCCUUUAGUUAUUUCUCUACUCUUCAGAGGCAUGAAAGAAGUCACAGUGGAGAGAAGCCCUAUGAAUGUAAACAAUGUAGUAAAACAUUCAGGCACUAUAAUCAUCUUCAACGCCAUGAAGGAACUCACAGUGGAGAGAAACCCUAUGAAUGUACACAAUGUAAUAAAACAUUCAGUCAUUCCAGUUAUCUUCAGAGACAUGAAAAAAAUCACAGUGAACCGAAACCCUAUGAAUGUAAACAAUGCAGUAAAACAUUCAGUUCUGCCAGUCAUCUUCAGAUACAUGAAAGAACUCACAGUGGAGAGAAACCCUAUGAAUGCAAACAAUGCAAUAAAGCAUUCAGACAAUACAGUCAUCUUCAAACACAUGAAAGAACUCACAGUGGAGAGAAACCCUAUGGUUGUAAACAAUGUAGUAAAGCAUUCAGGCAAUACAAUACUCUUCAGAGACAUGAAAGAAUUCAUACUGGAGAGAAACCUUAUGCAUGUAAACAAUGUAGUAAAACAUUCGCUUGUUCCAGGACUCUUCAGGGUCAUGAAAGAAUUCACAGUGGAGAGAAACCCUAUGAAUGUAAACAAUGUAGUAAAACAUUCCGUUUUAGCAGUUCUCUUAGGAAACAUAAAAGAACUCACAGUGGAGAGAAACCGUAUGAAUGUAAACAAUGUAGUAAAACAUUCAAUUGCUCCAGUCAUCUUCACAGGCAUGAAAGAACUCACAGGGGAGAGAAACCUUAUGAAUGUAAGCAAUGUAGUAAAGCAUUUGUUUGUUCUAGUUCUCUUCAGGUACAUGAAAGAGCUCACAGUGGAGAGAAACCCUAUGAAUGUAAACAGUGCAGUAAAGCAUUUACUAGUUCCAGUUCUCUUAGGAAACAUGAAAGAAUUCACAGUAGAGAAAAUACCUAUGAAAGUAAACAGUGUAGUAAAACAUUCUGCCAAGCUAGUAAUCUUCAGACAUAUGAAAGAACACUCAGUUGUAUGAAACCUUAUAAAGUAAACAACAAAAUAAAAUGCUCAGUUGAUCUAGUUCUCUUCAGAUACAUAAAGUGACUUAUAGGGGAGAAAUCACAUGAAUGUAAACUAUGCAAUAAAGUAUUCAGUCAUUCCUCUACCCUGCAAAGAAAUAAAAGUGUAAAGCACUUUUAAAAAGCAUAAAAUUAAGGCAGGGGUAGAUAGCAUAAUGGUUAUGCAAACAGACUGUCAUGUCAGAGGCUCCAAAGUGCCAGGUUCAAUCCCCUGCAUCACCAUAAGCCAGAGCUGAUCAGUGCUUUGGUAAUAAAUACAUAAAAGUAAAGUAUUUCUUAUAAUAAAAAGUAUUUACUAAAGCCUAUGUAUUCCAGGAAUCCUUAGAUACAUGAUAGAAAGUCCCUGUGAGGGGCCAGAUGGUUGAGUGCACAUAUUACAAUAUACAAAGACCCAGUUUCAUGCCCCCAGUGUCCACUUUUAGGGAGAAAGCUUCACAAGUGGUGAAGCAGUGCUGCAGAUGUCUCUCUGUCUCUUUCUCAAUAUACAUCCUUCUUCCUCUAAAUAUCUGACUAUCUCUAUCAAAUAAAUAAGGAUAAUAAUUUUUUAAAAUCCCUUUGAAUGUAAAUGUGUUGUACAAUAUUUAGUUGUUUCAGUUAUCUUUGAGGAAAUUAAAAAAAAAAAAACCUUAGGGCCAGUCUGUGGUACACUUUGUUAAGUGUCCAGUGCAAUGCACAAGGACCCAGGUUCAAGCCCCUGGUCCCCACCUGCAGAGGGAAGAUUCAUGAGUAUUGAAGUAGGGCUUCAGGGCUCUCUUUGUCCCUCUCUCCCUACACCUCAGUUUCUCUCUGUAUCUAAUAAUU